UGAGCCAAUAGCUUUAAACCACUCUGGUUAAAGUCCGAUUUGAACCACUCUGGCUAAAGUCUGAUUUGAAGACCGUCCCGACUUGGUUAGACAUUCUUCUGUGAACGGAGAUAGGUUUGGGGGCUGAAGCACUCUGUUAUGGACAAUGAACGGAUGGUUUCCGCGGCUGAGUCCCUGGGGGCAGCCAUGCUGCUGCCGGCCGCCGUCAGAGCUUUAAUCCGGGCACGGAGACUGCUCGCGACCAACACCUCCUCCGUGGCACAGGGUUACAAGCAGGCGAACAUCGUGAUCGUGCACAGAGACUUGGCUGACGACUUUGAGAGGUUCUGUCAGGCCAAUAGUGGCCCCCUCCCCCUGCUGUACAGGAGCAAACUCGGGGAGUGGGGCUCCCCCCUGCUCAGCCACGCCUCCGACAUAAGGACUGACUGCCUGGCAUACAGGAGAUAUGAAGACGGGCGUUUGACAGGCACUAUGACCAGUCUGCGGGAGUACACGGAGCAGAUGAGGGACAUGGUCACCUUUUACACGGGCUGCAGCUUCUCGUUCGAGAGCAUACUGCUGAAGGCCGGUGUCCCGGUCCGCAAUCAUGAACAAGGCCGGAACGUCAGCAUGUAUAAGACAUCAGUGCCGUGCCAGGGGGUCGGAAGCUUUCGGUGUAACAUGGUGGUCACCAUGAGGCCCAUCCCUGAGGAGAAGUUGGACACAGUUGUCAGGGUUACCCACCUCAUGCAGGAUGUCCACGGGGCUCCUGUCCACAUCGGACAUCCAGGACUGAUUGGAAUUGAAGAUUUGUCCAGCCCGGAUUUCGGGGACGCGGUUGAAGCACAUCCCGGUGACAUACCCGUGUUCUGGGCCUGUGGAGUGACGGGAAUGGAAGCCGUUCAGAGCUGCGGGUCUCCGCUGGCCUUCACCCACGCCCCCGGCUGCAUGUUUGUCACUGAUGUGAGGAGUGAGGAGGAGGCCGAGACCCCAGCCUGCCCCGCGGACACCCCACAGGUUGUGAGGGUUUGUCAGACUCCUGCCCACUACAGCAUUGCCUCAGCCUCCACACUGGAUGUGAUCAGAGAGCUGGAGGCUCUGAUACAGCAAGACCCAGGUAACCGAGGUAUCAGACACCUCACGAUGAAGGACCAGUUACUGAAGGCCGCACUCUCUCUCUCCCACGCUAACUCAGUGCUGCUCACCACCGGGUUCCCAACUCACUUCAGGCAUCAGCCUCCGGAGGAGACGGAUGGUCCUCCAGGAGCCCUUGCCAUGGCAACGAUGUUGCAGGCCCUGAAGAAAGACGUCGCCAUAGUAACGGACCAGAGAGCCCUGGAGUUGUACAGAAAGAUCAUCGAAGAAGCCGUUGAGCAAGGGGUGUUGGAAGCUGCCGUGCCACUUCUCAGUUUCCAGGAUACCGGCGUUGACUCGGCUCUGAGCUUCCUGUGUCACGAUGGGAGAGCCAACUCCCCGAGGUACGACCACCUGAUAGCGAUAGAACGUUCUGGAAUGGCGAUGGACGGCAAUUAUUACAACGCCAGGAAAGUCAAUAUUAAACACUUGGUGGAUCCGAUCGACAAACUGUUCCUGGCGGCGAGGGAGGUGCCGGGAAUCAGCACGACCGGUAUUGGGGAUGGAGGCAACGAAUUGGGAAUGGGAAAGGUGAAGGAGGCUGUGAAAAAAUACAUCACCAAUGGAGACUUGAUAGCCUGCGAUGUCGAGGCGGACUUUGCUAUCAUUGCGGGUGUGUCAAACUGGGGGGGCUACGCCCUGGCCUGCGCUCUGUACCUCCUCAAUUGCUGCAGCGUCCACGCCCGGUACUUGCGCAGAGCCAUCGGCUUUCCUAACGGGAGCGAGAGAAACGCCUGGACCUCAGCCCUGCCCUCGGUCAACAAGGAAGACAAACUACUACAGAUCCUGGUCAAACACGGAAUCCGGAGCGGAGUGACUGGGAAUCUGGGAAUGGAGGUGGAUGGUUUGCCGUUCCACGAUGUUCACUCAUCUUUGAUUAGACAGCUGCUCACAAUCACCCUCACACCUCACACAGCAGGACGUGAAGGAAGUUUGAAACCAAAAUGUAAUAACAUUUAAUUAGACGGACGUUAACUAUCCCGCAGCGCUACUCGAUAACAGAAGGGAGUUUCUCUCCCAGUGUCCUGGCCAACAAUCCCACCCCAUCACUCACCUCACAGCUAUUAGUGAGAUCUCGCUAACACUGCACUUGUUAAUAGCUUAUUAGCUGUGAAGAGCAGCAAGACUUUUGAUGUGCUAUAAAAAGGCCAGAUUCUUCUUUC